UUACAGUGCCUAGCAUAUUCCCCUGUUUCCCGAUAAGAAAAACAGAGCCAUCUUGGUUUUACCAUUUCCAAUCAAUGGCAGGCCCAGUUGUGUUCAACGAUGAAGUGCUGGAAGCCGGCCAAAAUAGGGCUCACCUGAGCUUGGUAGGAAGGCUGAUGUGCUCGUCCCACCCGUCCAGAACUCGUGUUCAGCACACCGCCAACAACUUGUGGGCAAAGAGAGCUCCAGUUACAGUCCUAGAUGCAGACCAUGGACUAUUCGAAUUAGUCUUCUCGAACGCCACCGAUCGCCAAGAAGCACUGGGGAAAGCUCCCUGGUUCCUCCACUCGAAGAUCCUCACCUUAAAAAAGUGGGAAACACCUUCUGAGCAAGUUUUCCAAGAGCUUGCACGCGUCCCCUACCUCGUCCAACUCUGGAAUCUGCCUGAAGAGUAUAGAACGGUCGCGCUAGGAAGGCUCCUCGCCUCUCAGUUGGGUACCGUCGUUGACGCUGGGAUGUACGCGGUCUGGGAGAACCCAGGUUGUGUGUUCAAAGCAAGAGUGUUGAUCGACGUCUCAUCCCCCUUGCAACAUCGGUUGGAAGCCAGGAAGAGGAACGCAGAUGGCUCGUUGGGAGAACCUUUCCGGGUAUCUCUCAAGUACGAAAACAUCAAAACUAUUUGCUUCAGGUGCCGAAGAAUUGGGCACAACCAGAGCUUCUGUUCAUUCGAUUUGGUGACAGGCGAGGAUGGAUUCGGCCCUGAGAUUAUCGGGAACAGAACAGGUCCGAAAUUAAACGAAAAUUCCUACGCCACCGCUCGGAAAGGAGGAAGGAAUUGGGGCGGGAACGUGUGGCGCCACGGAGCUCGAGCCGCACCUUAUUCCCGAUCCAACACGAUGCUGAUUGAGGCGGCUUCUCGGUUCUGCGGAGAAAACUCAGUUGGAAGAGGGCAGGGGCUGCCGCCGCGGGACUCCCGUCGGGAGAGACGAGGUGCAGACAGACCGGUGGGCCAAUUGGCGAAGAUGGACGGGCUGGGCUCCUCCUCUGGGCCGGAGAAGCUAAUGGGCCAACCCUUGAAUGAGGAUGGUUGCAAAGAAAUAGAAAAUGGGCCCAAAGAUUCUGAAGCAGCCCAAAUUGCUCAACACUUGGUGUUAGAGCCCACACCCCUCCAAGUCCAAGCUCCAUCCCCGUCAUAUGGGUUAGAUACAGCCAUUUCAUGCUCUCCAAUAGGAUGCGUCGCGGAUGGAAAAUCAAAGGGGAAAGCGAUAUUGAUAGAAUCGUCAGAGUCCCCAAGAGUCUACAUUCGGAGAAAUGUAGGGGUCUGUAUCCAAGAGCCAGAAGAAGGAGUGGUUAACUCCCUUCCAAAGAGUCCAAGCGAGAAAGACAAGGUUAAAGGAAAAAGGGUGGAGGUAGCCAACCCCAAUUGGCCCCAAAAUCCUAAAUGAAUGUUUACGCGUGGAAUUGUCAAGGGGUGGGGAGUACCUUGACAUUCCAAACGCUAAAAGCUCACCGAAAUUUGGCUAAGUCAUUUCUCUUUCUUUGUGAGACUAUGUCUCCUAGUGAUAAAGUAGAGUCUUUUAUGUCUCGAUUGGGUUUUUCUGAUUGUUUUCCUGUUAACCCUUCCGGCUUGUCGGGGGGUCUAGUAUUUGGUUGGCCAAGAGGAGCUUCAGUCUCAAUCAUUGGCUCAACCCCUUUCUUUAUUGCCAUUUCGGUCAUCAAUAAUAAUUCCCUUUGCUAUGGUGCUUGUCCCCGGUUCGUACUAAUUGGUGUUUACCUCUCGUAUGUAAUUUCUAAACGACGAUCCCAAUUAGAGGAUCUUAGGAACUUCUGUGCUAGAUUGUCAGAUCCUUUUCUUAUAAUUGGAGAUGUUAAUUGCUCACUAUCCCCGCUAGAGAAAUCAGGAGGGGCUCUGUGGCGGAUGGACAAAGCUCGACCUCUUUGGGAAUUUAUCAACUCCAUGGGGCUUCUGGAAGUAAGAAUUCAAGGACCCAAAUUUACUUGGACUAAUCGGGGCAGAAAUGGUGUUUUGAUAGAACAACAGAUCGAUAGAGCCUUUGUUUCUACAAAUUGGUGGCAUACCUGGCCUAAUUCCUGCCUAUAUCAUCUUUCUGAUAAAGGAUCAGAUCACAGACUCCUGUGUCUUAUGACUAUUCCAGAAAUGUCAAGAGCCAAACGCCUAUUUCAUUUUGACAUAAGGUGGGCCCGAAUGCCUGAAACAAAACUCAUCAUUGACUAUGUCUGGAAUACACCAAUAAAUGGGUCAUUGCAAUUUUGCUUGUUUUAUAAACUACUCAGAGUCCGACAUGCAUUAGUAGAUUGGUGCAAAGGAGGAACAUCAAAUUCAGGCAGAUUAAUAAAAGACCUCAAUCUAGCUCUUGAUAAUGCUAGGAAAAACAUAGUAGUUGAUUGGAAACUGAUUCAAGAACUGGAGGAAAGACUUGAUCUCCAGUAUAGAAUGGAAGAAAUCUAUUGGAGACAAAAAUCUCGGGUUAACUGGCUAACGGAAGGGGAUCGCAAUACUCCUUAUUUCCACAUGAUAACGGCAAUUAGACGGCAAGCCAACUUCAUUUGGGGCUUAGAGAAUUCUAGAGGUCUCUGGUGCACGGAUGGGGAUGAAAAACUGAACAUAGCAGUAGAAUUUUAUCAAUCUUUAUUUCAAACCCAACUCACUGAAGGCAUUAACCUGUCUAACUUGCCGUUUGAAGGACUAGUUACUGAAGAACAGAAUCGGGCCCUCAUUCAUCCGGUUACACCUGAAGAAGUCAAAGAAGUAAUCUUUGGCAUGGGUAAGACUCAAGCUCCGGGUCCAGAUGGUUUUACAGCAGGGUUUUAUCAAGCGUAUUGGGAUAUAGUCGGCAAUGAAGUCAUCCAAGCUGU